UGGACUUUGCACAAGCGGGGGAAAGCCUGACAUCCCUGAAAAUGGCAGCUGAGACAUCUACGGAAGCUCCAAAAACUGCCAAACAAUCCAUCCUGAAAGAAGAGGUAAUUGCUGAAAAAAAAUGGUUGAGACUUGAAGAAACAACUUAUGUGGAUGCCUUUGGUAAAACCAGAACUUGGGAAACUGUAAAGCGUGCUAACAAGAAACAGGGUGUUUCAGCGGAUGGUGUCGCAGUCAUCGCUGUGCUGCAGAGGACUCUCCACUAUGACUGUGUUGUCCUAGUGAAACAGUUCAGGCCUCCAAUUAGUGGCUAUUGCUUGGAGUUUCCUGCAGGCCUCAUGGAGGAAAAUGAGACUGCGGAAAGUGCUGCGUUGCGAGAGUUGGAGGAAGAAACCGGGUACAUAGGGGAAGUUGUUGAAUGUACUCCAGCUCUCUGCUUGGACCCGGGUUUGUCUAACAGCACAACACACAUCGUGACUGUCACCAUUAACGGAGAUGAUGCCAGGAAUAUAAGACCUAAGCAAAAACUUGAUGAUGGAGAAUUUGUGGAAGUUAUCUCACUUCCAAAGAACGACCUGCUGCAAAGAAUUGAUGAACUAGUAGCAGAGGAACACAUUGCAGUUGAUGCCAGAGUUUAUACUUACGCCCUGGCCUUGAAACGUGCAACAGAAAAACCGCUCCAGGUUCCUUUUAUGAAGUUCUAGGGCUGCACCAUGAGAAACGUAGCUGAAGCU